UGCUUUAUAACCCCUGCUGGGUUGUUUUUCUGCACUCAGGGGGAUUCUGCAUGCUGGCCAGUACUCUUGGGAGAUCAGCCAGGAGGGCAGUGUUAACUCCAGCCGGCCUGUGCUUCAGUGUUUGGGGCUCCCCAUAAUGUACAUGCUAAAAUCUUGCCUCCCUACAUGAUAGUAUUGAGAAGUGGGACUUGGGGGGUUCAUGACAAGGUUUCAGGAAUCAGAUCCUUUACAGGCCAAGGGAGUUCUACCACCCAAAGACAUAGUGAGGCCAGAACCCAUAAGGUUAGUAAACUGGGCUGAUGUGAUUAGGGGCAUUUGGUCAUCUGAAAACGCCAACAGGCUGACAUCCAUGAUUCCACAGUCAUUACACAGCUUGACAUUCUUGUUCAUUCUGAUGCCGUGGCUGGACAACUGAUGUCAUGUAACACUGUGACAUCACAGUGUCCUUUUCUGCUGUCUCCCUGUUACCACACCUUCUCCCCCGUCAUCUGGUUCCCAUAAUAGCUGCACACACUUGAACACAAGAUCACAGACACCAUCUGGGCACCCAGUCCCCUCCCCUACUGUCUGCCCCCACCACCACCUGCAGUCAACCAUGGCCUCAGAAGCAGAAAGAACAUUCCAUCGGUUUGCUGUCUUUGGAGACUCAUCGAGCAGUGGUACUGAGAUUAACAACAAGAACUUCUCCAAACUCUGUAAAGACUGUGGCAUCAUGGACGGCAAGGCGGUGACCUCCACAGACGUGGACAUUGUGUUCAGCAAAGUAAAGGCCAAGAAUGCCAGAACCAUCAACUUCCAACAGUUUCAAGAGGCGAUGAAGGAGCUGGGCCAAAAGCGGUUCAAGGGGAAGAGCGUAGAUGAGGCUUUGGAGGGCGUUUAUAAACUCAUGGAAGGCAAGGACCCUGCUACCACUGGUGUCACUAAAGCAACAACCGUGGGUGGAGUAGACCGUCUGACGGACACCAGUAAGUACACGGGCACCCACAAGGAGCGCUUUGACGAGAGUGGCAAGGGUAAGGGCAUCGAGGGACGGGAAGAGACCACAGACAACUCAGGCUAUGUGAGUGGCUACAAGGGGGCUGGCACCUAUGACCAAAAAAACAAGUAGAGAAGAGCUGUCUUCGCCCGCUAGCUUCCUGACCCCAUGUUUCUAACACCAGGAAAUAAUAAACUUUGUGUGUGCAGCAGCUAGUGAGUUCUGUCUCAUGAGUACGAGGACCAGAUUGGUCCAUAGACAGAGAAGCGGGAAAGAGA